AUGUCCAAUUCUACCUCCUCAUCUGCUCCAUCCUUAUGGACUCGUUUCAUCAACUACAUUUCAUCAUGGCUCUCCUUCCUUGUCGAAUUCAUUUGUUCCCUGUACAGAGAUGAAUUACAACGACAAUCACGCGAAAGCGAAGAUUACCAUCGAUGGAAACAACACAAACAAGAAGAACAAGAACCAUUCAUGACCACUUCGACAACUCCAAUUCUUUCUUCAUCGACGAUUCAAGAAGAUGAAGAAAAUGUUUUGGGACAUGUUUCGAAAAAGUCUUCAAGUCAGCCAUCCACUCCAAUCCUUCCGAAUACGGCAUUAACAAGGAAUAAUGAACCGCAAGUUGAAGCAAUCCAGGCUCAACAACAAGAACAACACGAAGAUGACAUGUUCACAGAACAAACUCCACUACUUGUCACUCCAAAGAAGGUAUUACAAGAUGAACAACAAACUCCUUCUAAACCACAAACACCCCAACAAGUGACACCACAAAAGGAAGAGACCAAUAGUUCUCCUCAACAACAAAUUUCUGUACAAAACAACAACAACAAGACUGCUCCUAACAAACCACAACAGAAAACUCCAAUCAACAACAAAUCUCAAAUUCCAACACCUGUGAAAGUGUCAAAGUCAAAUUCAUCAUCAUCGGAUCAUGUCACUUCACCUUCGGAGGCUUCUGGAUUGAUUGGAGAACGAUUGAAAUUGAAAAAGGCUAUGAAAAACAAGUUACUCUCUCAAAAUGCUUAUCAAUCGCUUCUUAAAAACAACAAAUCGAACAAGCAAUCAGGUGAAGAAUCUGGAAGUCAACCAUUAGAUCAUACCACUUCGAGCAGUGACAUGGAUUCUUCAGAAAUUAUAGCUCAAAAGAAUUCACAAAUUCUUCAAAGAAAGUUAAGUUCGAAACCAUCCUUUGCGAGAAGAAGACCAACUAACAUGCAACAAACUCAACAAGAGAAAAAACCAAGUAUUGACAUUUUGUCCAAAUUGGAAAAUGAAGCAUCGAUUGAAUUGCCAAGUGUUGAGAAAUUUGCAGAUUUGGAAGAACAAGCUCAAUUGGAAAAGAAGUUGGGAACUGAGAAUGCCAUGAAGCAACAACAAGAAAUGAAGAAGAGAAAUGAUGAUGAGGCUGUGAUCGAAUCGAGUAACAAUUCACCAUCCAAGAGCCCAUCUUCGGCGACAAAGGGCAACAAUAAGGGACCUCAGGUUUCGUUAGCUGCCAUUUUAGGUGCCAAGAAUUCCCUUAGAAAAACUCAAUAA